CCAGUCCUUCUUUCUUUUCUCGGUCAAAUCUGUGUCACUUCCUUCCAUCGUUUUAUUCCUUCUUCAUUCCUUUAUAUCUACUGGUUUUUCUCGUGAUAAUGUCGUCUGAGAAGUUUGAAGAGUUCGAGGAUGAACUUAGAGUGCUUUAUGAAGAUGUAAAUUCUAGAGUCGUUCACAGGAUUCCCAAACUAGGCGGAGAACAAAAGAAAUCAGCCAUCAGGGAAGUAGAAAGGAAAAUCGAAGAUGCCAAUUUAUUGAUAGAAGAAAUGGAGGAUGAAGCUGGAAGAGCCCCAGGGGCUUAUAGAAAUUCUAUGAUAUCAAAAGUCAGAACAUAUAAAAGGGAUUUUCAAAAGCUAAAAAAAGAUCUUGGCAAACCAUCUGUUGGUCCUCGUGUUACAUUUGGAAGAGAUGACUUAUUUGACACCAAUCCUGAGAGAGAACAAAAGAGCAGAGUUAAUCAAGGAACAGAAAGUUUACACAGAGCCACUGAAAGUAUAGCAAGAUCUACACGAGUUGCUGUAGAAACAGAGCAAAUAGGUGGAGAGAUAAUAGAGGACCUUACAGAUCAAAGAGAAUCCUUGAUACGAACAAGAGAUAGAUUAAAGGAAACACAUGAAGAUUUGGGAAGAAGUCGAAGAAUCCUCAACAGUAUGGCUAUAAGAGUUGCUACCAACAAGCUACUUCUGUUGUGUAUAAUUAUUGUUGAACUUGCAAUCCUUGGUGGUGUUGUCUACAUCAAAUUCUUCAAGAAGAAAAAAUGAAGCUUUGAAAUACAGAAUUAUACAGGUACAUUGUGCAUGUAUAGUUGGAUGUAGUCAAGCAUUACUUGUAAGUAGAUAAUUGAAUCAAUGACAGUGUUGUCAUGAUUAUAUAUCACAAUUAAAGUACUUUAACAUUAACGCUGGGGUUAACAGGCAUCAGUUAGACACCAGGGCCUGGUUGUACAAAGCCUGGAUAGCACUAUCCGGUGGAUAAAUCCUUAUCCAGUGGAUAAGUCAAUGCCUGUUAUCCAAUAAAUUGAUUAAUCCACGGGAUAAGAUUUAUCCAUUGGGUAGCGUUAUCCAGGCUUCGUACAUUCACUAUCUAAUACUAUGGUUUGAUAUUGGUGCUGAUACAUAUUGAGGAACAAUAGAAUCAUAAUUGCAGUGUAUAUAUUUAUGCAAUCAUCACAUGCCUGCCUACUGAAUAACGGCAUAGUAAUCAAAGUAAACACCAAUGUACUAUGCAAUAUUAUAAUCAUGGUGGAAAUGUUACCAAAUAAAUUUAAAUAAACCUACCCUACGAAUACGAAUAUAGAAAAAAGAAUUAUUGCAAGACAGAAGGAAAUGGAGAGGACAAAGGGUAAACCAAACAUACGAUAAUUAGUUCCAUAUAAAUAGAUAUUACAUGGUGGUAUGAAGAUAUGAAGUUUAUAUUCUAGUGGUGAAAAUAUUUCAGAAGCAAGCUCAGCAAACCAGCAUAAUAUUUUUCAACCUGGUAAGAUAAACUUCAUAUCUUUAAGCCAAUGUGUCAUUUGCUUUUAAUUAUAGACACAUUCACUUAAAUUGAGCAGGAGAACAAGAGAAAUGUUGUGAUCAAGGGAUGUGGUUUUGGGGGGAGUAGAACGGGGGAAUGAUUUCUCUCUCCUUCUCUUAGUGUUUUAAGGCCAAAGCAAGUUAAAUACAGUAGUAGCAGCCCUAUCAAGUGGUGGUUUAAGAUUUUUGAAAUUAAAAAUAAGAACAUGAGGAAUGGGUACAGGGAAUCAGCAAAACAUUCAUCAUGCCUGAUGAAUAGAAAAUAGUUCAAAAUGAAAGGCUUGUAAAACUUGUAAUUAAAAGAACCAUAUUAAUUAAAUGAAAUUUUCUUGGCAGUC